AUGGGAAGGACUAGCUUCGCCACAUUGAUGCUCUGUGCGGCGCUAGCGUCGGCACUCGUGGGCUAUUCGGGCAGCGCCUCCUUGCAACAGCCGACGCCGAGCUUGAUGCCGUUGCCGCUCCCGUUGCCACCGCCGCAACGCCCCCAACCGCUCUGCGCCUCCCAGUUCGCCCUUGUGAAUCAUGCCUGCUCUAUGAUUAUGCCGAAACCAGCGCCCCCUCCAGCUCCCCCGUCCCCACCUCUAACCCCGCCCGGCCCACUGCCUCCACCGCCCUGCCCCGACGAUGAAAGCCAGCGUGGGCAUGGGCACGGGCAUGGGCACCACAACCGGACUUGUCAGGAGCAUCGACGUGGGCACGGACACCACCACAGGCACCAGCAUGGUCGGCACGGAGACGAGCCUUCCCCGGCAGAGCAAGACUGCUGCAAGUGGCUGAAGGAGGUGGACUCGGAGUGCGUGUGUGACUUGCUGGUCCGCCUGCCCUCGUUCUUGACCCGGCCAAUUCAUGUGUACACCGUAACUGUGCCCGACUUGUGCAACGUCACUUUCUUCUGCGGCGGGAGACUCCAUCCGUAA